AUGGAUUUCAUAAUUUCGAAGUAUAGAGAGGACCCUUUAAGGAAACUGACAUUUACUAAGACCGAUUUCGUAUGGGGUGAGGAGGAGGAGAGUAGGAAGGGUAGGGUGAAAGUUGAAGAAGGGGCCCCAUAUGGGGUGAGAGUGGUGGUGGCUCCAAAUUCGAUGAAGCCUGUUGCACAGCUGCCCCCGCUCCCAUCUUUCAUCACUGAUAGUGGUAGAGGUGUUGGGGAGCAGGAGAAGAAGAACGGGAUGGUGUGUGGGAGUUGUAAAGAAAACUGUGGUUCAGUGCACUACAAGUACACAAAGGAAGGGAGCUUUAUUCUUUGUGAGAAGUGCUUCAAAACUGGUAACUACGAGAAGAAAAAACCAGCAGAUGAUUUCAUGUUAAUAAACAGUGGAAAUCAAAGCAGUGUCUGGACAGAAGCAGAAAUUUUACUUCUUUUAGAAUCUGUUUUGAAGCAAGGAGAUGACUGGGAUCUUGUUGCUCAGGAUGUUCAGACAAAAAGUAAACUGGAUUGUAUAUCAAAGCUAAUGGAGCUUCCUUUUGGAGAUCUCAUGUUGAGGUCAGCCCACAAAAAGCGUAAAUUUUUGGAUGUAACUGGUGAUGUAGCUUGCAUAUCUACCACGGUUGGGCCUCAUGUCAUAGCUUCUGCGGCUGAGGCUGCUGUUACAGCUUUUUGUUAUGAAAACCAAUGUUCGAGGGAAAUAGUCAACGAGGAUGAUAUUUUUGUUGAUCUAAAAGCUUCCACUGAAAAUACUGAGCAAAAGAGGUAUUCAUUUAAUCAUUUAUGA